AUGAGCACUACCACUACCACCACUGUCGCCCAAUCGGCCCCCAUCACCGCUGAGAACAUUCUUCGCCUGUUUCCCCAAAUAAACACCUCCCUGGCCAAUGCCGCUUCUGCCACCCAGGACAAUGACCUCGAGGGUUAUGAUGAGGAGCAGAUUCGCCUCAUGGACGAGGUCUGCAUUGUCCUCGACGAGAACGACUUGCCCAUUGGCAGUGCCAGCAAGAAAGUUUGCCACUUGAUGGAGAACAUUGAGAAGGGUCUGUUGCACCGCGCCUUUUCCGUCUUCCUUUUCGACAACAAGAACCGUCUCCUGCUGCAGCAAAGAGCCUCGGAGAAGAUCACUUUCCCCGAUAUGUGGACCAACACCUGCUGCUCGCAUCCUCUUGGUGUCCCCGGCGAGACUGGCUCUACCCUCGAGACUGCCAUCAUGGGCGUCAAGCGUGCUGCUCAACGCAAGCUCGACCAGGAGCUUGGAAUCAAAGCACACCAGGUCCCUCUGGACAAGUUCCAUUUCCUCACCCGCAUCCACUAUGUCGCUCCCAGUGACGGCAAGUGGGGCGAGCAUGAGAUCGACUACAUUCUCUUCAUCAAGGCCGACGUUGACCUUGCCGAAAACCCCAACGAAGUCCAGGCCACCAAAUACGUGACCGAAGACGAUCUCAAGACCAUGUUCAAGGAUGACUCUCUCCUAUUCACACCAUGGUUCAAGCUCAUUUGCCAAAGCAUGCUCUUCGAGUGGUGGGGCAGCCUCGACCAGGGCCUCGACAAGUACAAGGGCGAGACUGCCAUCAGACGCAUGCUUUGA